AUAACAUAACAAUAGGGCCUAGGUGUACAUACAAACUCGAUAUAGCGCUUUAAAAUAUUACUUCCGAAUUUAUCGAGUUACAGUUUAAAGUAUUUUAUUUACCAAUAUUUACUUUAUUUACAAUUUAAAAACUGUAGAAAAAAAGUUUAACUGAGAUGCCAACAUUUUGCAGGAUUGAAUCGUUAAGCAAGAAGAAUAUCAAAUGUUUUCUUUGCAUAAUUGCAUUGUCUGGCCUUUCCAUUUUCGAGCUAGCUGGUUUGUUCGAUAGAAACAUUUUUCUAACGACACGGUUCAUAUCUCAAAUAAAAAACACUUCAAUAAACGGUGACAGCAGAUCUAAUGUUUUCGCACUCAAAACAUCUCGUUCUGAGCUUUCCGACUGGAGGUCGAAGGAAAUACAACGCCUGGGAGAUCUUGUACAGCGAAGAUUGCAUUACCUGCAGAACCCCAAAGACUGCGAGAAUGCAAAAAAGAUAUUGUGCAAAACCCCCCGCAGAGUUGGAUUUGGGUCUCAGAUGGCCGAUUGGAUGUUUUGUUUAAUCGUAGCGUAUGCAACACAGCGGACGCUUAUAAUUGAUUCAAAGGGCUGGCGAUAUUCAAAGCAUGGACUUGAAGGAGUAUUUUUGCCUUUAAGUACCAACUGUAGGUUAACGAAGAAUGAAACGGUGGUUCAAAUAAAAGAUCUGAGAAAAAUACAAAAUACUACAAAAGUUGUUUCGCUACCAUAUAAUCAUCAAGUGUUAAACCGUCCAUUGUACCUUCCACUUUCAAUACCAGAGGACCUCGCCGGGCAAGUCAGCCUAAUUCACAAAAAUCCCUCCGUUUGGUGGAUUGGACAAUGCCUAACAUAUAUAACUAGAAAAAAUAAGCGAUUGAAACGUUUUAUAGACCGAAACGUUCAGAAGUUAGGCUCCAGUCAUCCGACUGUUGGUGUACACGUGCGAAGAACGGAUAAAAGCGGAGAGGUUAAAUACCAUGAUCUUUCGGAAUAUAUGACCCAUGUGGAGAAAUGGUUUGAUGCAUACGAUAGAAGACACGGUACUGUUAAGCGAAGAGUAUAUAUUGCUAGUGAUGAAGCUAGCGUUCUUUUAAAGGCAAGAAAGAGGUAUCCAAACUAUACAUUUGUGAGCAAUGUCCAGUCAGCUACACUUGCAAAACGCCUUUCUACCAGAUAUUCUGAAUCUUCCUUUUUCGGACUUUUUCUUGACGUUCAUAUGUUAUCAAUGUCUGACUUUUUUGUCUGUACUUUAUCAUCAAAUACUGGGAGAAUUGUGUACGAAUUGAUGAACGUACGAUACUGGAACGCUCCGGACCGUAUCAGAUCACUUGAUAUCGAAUUCGUAUAUCAUUUGAAAAGAUACAAUAGAAACUUUUUUGCGCAACACAGAAAUGAGACGUUCUUCAAAAAGCUCAAAGUCGUAAAGGAUAUUUCAAAUCCACGGAAAAUAACGGCAACACUGGACAACAAUGCCACUGCUGUUAGAAUGCCUACAUAUUCUGAAGUUCCAAUAUUAGUCUAAAAUAUAAUGGAAACUGGUUGUUUUAGUCAUUUUCUUUUCGCAAUAGAGAAUUUGAGGUAACAUAACUUCAGUGUCAUAAAAUUGCAUUUGUUGCAAGUAUUAGUUGUUGUAAAUAAUUGAGAAGGUAAAUAUUGCACAAGUUGUUAAUACAUGCGCAAAAUUUUCAAAUCGGUCACAUAGGUAGUUUGAUAUUUCAAGUAAACUACAUUUAAUAUUUUGACAUAAUUACGCAUAUUCUACGACAGUGUUACACUAUAAACGGAGUUGAACAUAAACAAGCAGGUAAGCUAGAACAGAUUAUUAAAAGAGCCGUGCCAUGGGAAAACCAACAUAGUGGCUUUGCGACCAGCCUGGAUCCAGACCAGCCUGCGCAUCCGCGCAGUCUGGUCAGGAUCCAUGCUGUUCGCUAACAAUUUCUCCAAUUCCAAUAGGUUUUAAAAGCGAACAGCAUGGAUCCUGACCAGACUGCGCGGAUGCUCAGGCUGGUCUGGAUCCAUGCUGGUCGCAAACCCACUAUGUUGGUUUUCUCAUGGCACGGCUCAAAUACAUCACUAAGGAUACAGGUCACAAAAUUAAAAAUAUCACAAACUUAUCGUAGGCUAUUCUGCUCUCUUCUGCACCAGGAAAAGCUAAAAUAAAAUCCUACAUCUUUGAAUGUACUUGACUCGAAAGUUUGCCCAAGUGAACUAGGUUACCCAGCAUAUGUUUUACGGUGACUCAGUCAAACCGAGUCUGCUAUUAUGUCACUUGCUUGCGUUCAAUGCUUCCAAAGGAUCUUUUCAGAUUUGAGCCGCACCAUGAGAAAACCAACAUAGUGCGUUUGCUGUUCGCAUUCAUACUGUUCGCAUUCAAAGCCUAUUGCAAUUAGAAAAAUUGUUAGCGAACAGCAUGGAUCCUGACCAGACUGCACUGAUGCGCAUGCUGGUCCGGUUCCAUGCUGGUUCCAUGCUAUGUUGGUUUUAUGACUGGCUCAUUCUAUUUCUGUUCCAAAACGUGCUCAAUUUGGCCUACAUUGUGUUAGUUGUUCACUUAGCGGGGGAAAACGUAUAUUUACACUAUAUUUUAGCUUUGGGACACAGUAGGCGCUAAGAGCACGUGUUUCAUUAAUUAUUGUAAUAGAAUGUGGAAGUUGCGGUGUAAAGAAGGUCUGGGGCACUCCUCCAGCGAGAUCGUAUUGGACUACGCACCUAAAGUAACGGAGUCAAGGGUGCAAUGCAAAGCCCCGCGUCCAAAAUUGAUAUUUAGCUGUUAGAUAGGGGUACACUUUACAUCUCUUGUGAGAUUUUGUAACCUUCUUUUAGUACUCUUUCAUGAGUAAAUAUAAAUUGUCUCAAAAAAUGCUCAUUUCUUUGUAAUUACAUUUGUCUAGAAGUAUACAAUUAAUGUUUUAAUUCCUACAGAGUUUAAACAUAACACGGCCGGAGGUCCUUUGCAAUGCAACUUUACGUGGGAAACUAGAAUCUCACUUAACUGCUUUAUACUGUAUCUGAACUUAAUUUAUUUCAAGAAAAGAAGCCGGAACUUCAAAAUUAUGGAAGGCCGGUGCGCCAUGCUAAUUGCCAUGUUGUUGGACAGGAUCUAGUCAUUAUGCCAUGGUUGAAUUAAUAUCUGAUAUUAUGAAUGUAAAUAUGACAUUAAGCAUUCAAUUUCUUUUUCAAGUCUUAUGUGUGUUCAGUUGUGUUACGAAGUAACAUUAAAAUAAUGUUUUAUGGUGAUACGUGAAAUGCUAGAACUUUCCAUGAUGUAAAUAAGAAGCUGUCACAGGACGGGGCAGAUCCUAGGGUAAAUCCUAUUGAAAAAGCCUUUCUAACUUAAAAUUACCAACUUUGACAUUAAACAUUUGAAGGAUACACAUAUACAUUUUGGAUUCAAAGAUAAAUAUACUUUGAAUUUGUGUGACAAAUUUGGAAUAUUACUGAUUGCAUCUAAAUUUGAUCAAGACAGUACACUGACUGCUCCUUCAUACUGUAGUAGGAUUGUACGGCUAGUGAACACUUUUGAGGUAUCUGAAUUACAAUCAUGUUAUGAUGUAUUGAAAAAUGAAAUAAAAAUACUAG